CCUGAGAUGGACAGAAAGACAAAGAUGUUAAUUUAUGCGGCUGCGGCACAAUGGUUUAUCAACAUGAUAACAUUGGUUGUUCAAUCCAGAAAAAGAAAAAGGAGAGAAGCAAUUACGUAUGCCCCAAUUGAUGAGAGAGAUAGGAUGAGAAGAGAGUAUUUUGACAACAAAAUAUGGAAGAAUGACACAACCUGUGUGAACAUGAUUAGGCUUCGGAGAGAACCUUUCUUUAGGUUUUUUCAACUCUUUAGGGAUCGCAACUUGCUAAAGGACACAAUACAUUUGACUAUUGAGCAACAAGUAGCAAUGUUCUUGCACACCGUCGGGCACAACAUUAGAAAUAGGGUAAUUGGCGCCAAUUUUGGUAGCUCCGGUGAAGUUGUGAGCCGUUACUUCCAAAGGGUACUCCAUGCCAUUGGCGAGCUUCGAGAUGACCUUAUUAGGAAGCCUUCAUUGGAGACCCAAACCAAAAUAGAAGGAAACUACCGGUGGGAUCCAUACUUUAAGGAUUGUAUUGGAGCUAUUGAUGGUACACAUGUGCGAGCCUCUGUUACACCGGAUAUGGAGGCUUCCUUUCGUGGUAGAAAGACUUAUGCCACUCAAAAUGUGAUGGCGGCUGUAGAUUUUGAUCUUCGAUUCACAUAUGUGUUGGCCGGGUGGGAGGGGACAGCACAUGAUGCUCUAGUUUUACGUGACGCUUUAGAACGUGAAAAUGGUCUGCGUGUCCCACAAGGUACCACUUGAAUGAGUGGGGAAACAACCCUGUGCAAAAUGAGAGGGAGCUGUUCAACCUUAGGCAUUCUUCUCUUCGUGUGACUGUAGAACAUGCAUUUGGGUCAUUGAAGAGAAGAUUCAAGAUACUUGAUGAUGCCACUCCAUUCUUUCUAUUUCCAACACAAGUUGACAUUGUUGUGGCUUGUUGCAUUAUUCACAAUUGGGUUAUAAAUGAUGGGAUAGAUGAAUAUAUCAUACCUGAGGAUGAAUGGGUGCCAAAUAUUACUCAUGCUUCAUCAUCAAGUGGUCAAGCACAUGAACAUGCAUACAUGGUUAAUUUUAGGCAAGGAGUUGCUGAUCAAAUGUGGGAAGACCGACAAAACCAUUUGCAAGGUCAAAAUAUGUAGUAACUACUAUGUCAUUUAGCUCGUCGUGAUGAAUUAUUGUACUUUGUUGAACUAGUUUGUGUGCUGGAACUUAUUUGUAAUGAAAUAUUGUAUUUGUAAUGACUA